AUGGCAAAUAACAAUUCUGAUCGGCAAGGCUUGGAACCCAGAGUCAUUAGAACUCUUGGUUCGCAGGCGCUCAGCGGCCCUAAUAUUUCUAACAGAACUCUAAGUUCAGAAGCAAACUCCCACUCUUCUGAAAAUACAAAAGACGCAAUGAUCAAGACCACCUCCCCGACGCCUUUAUCUACACCUAUUUAUAGGAUAGCACAAGCCUGUGAUAGGUGCAGAUCUAAGAAAACAAGAUGCGAUGGCAAAAGGCCACAGUGUUCGCAAUGUGCUGCGGUUGGAUUUGAAUGUAGAAUAAGCGACAAACUGCUAAGGAAAGCGUAUCCGAAAGGCUAUACAGAGAGCCUGGAAGAAAGAGUACGUGAACUGGAGGCAGAAAAUAAGCGUUUGUUAGCUUUGUGUGACAUCAAAGAACAGCAAAUUAGCCUUGUUUCACAAUCGCGGCCACCAACGUCUAUGGAUAACACCGCUAAUGGCAGUUUUAAGCAGGAGCUAAAAGACGCACCAUUGAAUUUAUCUUCCACAAAUAUAUAUUUAUUAAAUCAAACUGUUAAUAAGCAGCUGCAAAAUGGAAAAAUGGACAGUGAUAAUAGUAAUACAGUAAUGAAUUCAUUAGCAGCAGCACCUUUACCUCCACAAAAAGACCAUGUGUGUGACGGUAUUUCCUGUACAAAUCAUUUGCACGUUAAGCCUACUUCCACAAGUUUGAACGAUCCGACCGCCAUUUCGUUUGAACAAGAUGAGGCACCGGGUCUUCCUGCAGUAAAGGCACUAAAAUUAAUGACGACUCAUCAACGUAGCACUCAAUUGGCGACUUUGGUUUCUUUAUCCAUUCCCAGGUCCACUGAAGAGAUUCUGUUUAUUCCCCAGCUUUUGACUAGAAUAAGGCAAAUAUUUGGUUUCAACUCAAAACAAUGUCUAUAUACGGUAUCGUUAUUAUCUUCAUUGAAGAAUAGAUUACCAGCUCCACGGCUUCUACCGCCUUCGACUUCAACCAAAUUGAAGGAGAAGGGUGAAGAUAAAAUUCUCGAUGAUGAUUCGGCGUUCUUUAAAAAGUUUCAAACCACAAACUUAUCAGAGUUUGUUGAUUUAAAGGGGUUUUUAGUUUCUUUGAAAUUUGAUAUAGACUCAUUCUCCAAGCAAUCAGAAAAUCUACCUAACGAUCAUGAUAAUGAGCUGCUUUCCCUCACUGAAAUUAAAGAACUUUUACACUUGUUUUUCAAAUUUUGGUCGAAUCAAGUACCAAUCCUUAACAAUGACCAUUUCUUGUUAUACUUCAAUAACUUUGUCGAAGUCGUGAAGGAUUUGUCUUCAGCAAAUUUGAAAACCAACGUCACUAAUACAAGUAUCGUCACUACCAAUCAUGAACUGUUUGCCCUGAAACUUUCAAUGAUGCUGCUGAUGGGGCUAUUAGUUAAGAUAAAAAUGGAGAAAAUAAAGUAUACUGUACCAAAGAACCCAAAUUCUAAGUAUGCCAGAUUGAUGGCAUACUAUCAUCAGCUUUCCCUGAUAAUUCCGAAGAAUCCUUAUUUUUUGAAUAUGUCGACAACCUCACUACCAUCCUUACAACUACUAUCCUUGGCAUCUUUUUAUUAUCUGAACGUGGGUGACAUUUCCGCGAUUUAUGGAGUGAGAGGCCGUAUUGUCUCUAUGGCACAACAAUUGAGACUUCACAGAUGUCCUAGCGCCGUAUUGAGUGUACACUCUAACCCAGUUUUACAAAAAUUUGAACAAAGCGAGAGGAGGUUACUAUUUUGGGCAAUUUAUUACGUUGACGUUUUUGCUUCUUUGCAACUAGGUGUUCCACGUCUACUCAAAGAUUUCGAUAUUGAAUGUGCAUUACCGAUCUCUGAUGUUGAAUAUAAGGAUCAAUUAUUUAUGGAAAAUAAAAAAACGAAUAAAAAAGCUAAGAAGAUUCAACUACAAGGCCAAGUGUCGAGCUUUUCACUUCAGAUAAUUAGGUUUGCCAAAAUAUUAGGCAACAUUUUAGACUCGAUAUUUAAGAGAGGAAUGAUGGAUGAAAGAAUAACUUCUGAAGUAGCACUAGUACAUGAAAACGCACUGGAUAACUGGAGAAGUCAACUACCUAAAAUGUAUUACUUUCAAAUAACUGUAAAUGGAACCGUAAAUUUAGACGAGAUAAGAGUAAAUGAUUCGAAAAACAUAGAAACAAGAUUUGAAAAAAAAGACAUCAUACUAUUUGAAAAGAAAAUUCUAUUACUUUUUUAUUUCCUAGCCAAAUCAAUGAUUCAUUUACCGGUCAUCGCGACGAAGCCUUUACCUAAAAACAUUGAUAAUGGAACGAAAAAGAAACAAUCGGUGUUUAGCAAUGACUCUAAAGGCAGUAAUGACCAGGACCACAUGAUAGUGGAUGUUGAUAUGACAUCUCCUGCUAUAAGGACAUCAUCAUCGUAUAUCAUUUUACAACAAGCUACAAAUGCGACGCUCAUGAUUUUCCAAACUAUUAAUUGGAUGUAUAUACCAUUGCCUUUGAAUGUUUCAAGAACUUUGAUCAGAUUUUCUUUAUUAUGUGCCAGAGGUUCAUUGGAAUAUACUAAAGGUGGUGCUUUGUUUUUGGAUAAUAAGAACCUUCUUCUUGAUACCAUUAAAGACAUAGAAAAUGAUAGGCUUCUGGAUUUGCCUGGAACUGCCUCUUGGCACACCCUGAAACUUUAUGAUAUGACUAUUAACCUGUUAUUAAAAGCUCCUAACGUAAAGGUAGAAAGACUGGACAAAUUUUUGGAAAAAAAAUUGAAUUAUUAUAACAGAUUAAUGGGAUUACCGCUGGCCACCACUACGUCCAUAAAACCAAUUCUUGGCUCUCAAUCGAAAGAUAGUCCAGAAACUAGACCAAGAAAAUCUAUCGUGAAAAGAGAAAACCCAGAAUAUGAGUACCUUUAUGGGAAGGAUGACAAUAAGAAGAAUAAUUCUGGUCCGGAUCAGUCACCAAUAGAAAAUACCAGCAAUGGUAGUAAAAGGUUGAAAUACGAAACGGAUACGAAACGGGGUGUCGACACUGGCAGUAUAUUUAAAUCCCAGAAUGCAGAGAAUUUCCAGCAUAAUAAUAAGAAAACCAUGUCGACUAGUAAUCUGUUUCCUUUCUCUUUUAGUAAUACGGAUCUUACUGCAUUAUUUACCCAUCCUGAAGGAGCAAAUGGCGCGAAUAAUAAUAAUAGCAAUUUCAACGGGUGUGAUAGAUUUUCGACGGACGCUGCAGAUGCCAAUAUAGAAAACCUUGGUUUCUUAAAUGCGGCACCCUUUUUACAGGCUGGAAACUCCAAAACGGAUCCAAAUAUGACUAAUAAUAAACCUAUGCACAUGGAUGCACUGUUCAGUUUGCCUAGUAAUUUAGAUCUCAUGAAAGAUAAUAUGGGGUCUAAAUCAGAACGGUUAGAGCCCGUCAUUAAACAAAAUACUGAAAGUUUGGCAAGUAGCAAAUUACAUGAGAAAAAUAAAGACUCUAUUAUGGAAAAUAAUAAUUUAGCUUUCAAUAACAAGAGCAAUUAUAGCCUGACAAAGCUAAUGAGAUUACUAAACAACGAUAAUUCUUUCUCCAAUAUCAGUAUCAAUAACUUUCUCUACCAGAAUGAUCAAAGCUCUAUUUCACGGGAUCCAGGAGCUGAUAACAAAACCGCUACAAAUACCGGUUCAAUUUUUAAACCACCGUCAACUGCUGGUCAUAGGAGCCAAAGCAGCAGUAUUGGAAACACAAAUCAUGGUGUGGACAACUGUGAUUUUAACGACUUGGGGAAUUUCAAUAAUUUCAUGACGAAUGUUAAUUAUUCUGGGGUAGACUAUGACUACAUUGUAGACGCAUCUCUUGGAUUAGCACCUUUAUUAGUGGACACGCCGGACAUUUCAAAUACUAACACGACAUCUACUACAUCGAAUCGGAGUAAAAACAGUAUAAUUUUGGACCCAACUUUCAAUGAUGAUAUGGAUCAAUCGCGCAGGAACGCCAAAGAAGUUUUGAACCCAACAGACUCAAUUUUGAGCCAAGGAAUAUUGUCGUCAAUGAGUACUAGAGCCACUAGUAAUCAAAAAUCCCUAUCAUCAGGUAAUAAUCCUAAAGGUGAUGGCAGCUACUUAGAAAAUCCACAGAGUACAAAAAGCGACAAGUUGGAUAUGCCUUCUACUUUGUUUCAAAUGAGAAGGACUUCUUCAGGACCCUCAGCGUCCCACCGUGGUCCAAGGCGCCCUCAAAAAAGUCGAUAUAAUACAGAUCGGUCAAAAAGUUCCAGCGAUGGAAGUUCCAACACCGAUAAUGUACCUGAUUUGUUCCAAUGGCAAAACGCCACCUGA